GGUAAAAGCCCGCCCACUGCCCUCCACCCCCGCAUAUAAGAGCCGGUGAGGGAGAGAUGAUAAGAAGUUAGUCUUGGGACAAGCUCGGACCAUGCAGUGUAAAGUCCUUCUCUGCCUCUACUUCCUGACAAUCAUAAAGCAUGUCUCCUCAACUGAAGUUUGGGUCCGGCCAUAUACGUCUGCCCUUCUCCCCUGUUCUAUCUCAGUCCCUCCUGUAGGCGACUCUCUCCUGGGGAUCAGUUGGACCUUCAACGGAUCUCAUAUAGCCUCCUUCGAGACGACAGACGACAACCAUGUCGACAAAGGCUUCAGUUGGGACACCAGUUUAUUUGUCAAUGGGACCUUCUCUCUGACUGUACUUAAUGCCACUCUUGACCAACAGGGCGUGUAUGAGUGUAAAGUCAGAUACAACGUCUCCGAGCUACACUCCAGCAUUGUCACCUUGGACAUCAAAGUUCCACCCACUCUCUCCAUUCCCUCCACGAUGGUGGUACUGGAUGUGAAGAGUGAGCUUCAGUGUAUUGCAGAGGGUUUUAGCCCUCCACUCAUCUACUUCUCCUGGACCAGAGCUGGAGAGGUGGUCCAGCUAGAGCAAGCAGUCACAGCGGUCGACCGCACCCCAGAAGGGACCUACUGGGCGGUCAACAUCUUGAAAUUUAUCCCUUUGGUGGACGACCAGAAUGUGAUCUAUAGCUGUGUGGUCACUCACGCCGCCCUGGAAAAACUGCUGAGCUUAGAGUUUCAACUCAGCUUCGUCUACCUCCCAACUGUCACCCUCUCCGCAGUGCCCUUGCCUUCCCGCGACUCCCCACUCACCCUCUCCUGCGACAUCGAGGGCUUCUAUCCGGAGGACGUCUCCGUUUCCUGGCUACAGAAUGGCACGGAGCUCCCCGCACCUGUGCUGAGCGAGUCGGGCCCGGACGGCACCUUCAGAACCAGGCGCUACUACACCCUGAGCCCCGAGCAGAGGGAGCUAGCCGGGGAGGUGGAGUGUGUCGUCCAUCUGCCCAGCAUCACUGAACCUGUGGUCACCUCCGCAGCCCUGGCCGACAUCGACCCCAUCAUAGAGACACAAGCUGUGCUGACCAAGUCUGCCAAGGCAUCUGUGGCUCUGAUGUGCAUCUCUCUGGUGCUGGUCUUUCUGCUCUGCUUUAGCUUCUCCUGGAGAAGGAGGGAUGAGAAGCAGAAGUUUCUAAAUGUAUCGGGGAUCAUUCUGCCUCCCCGGGUCAUUGUGGGUCAGAAGGGCAGGGUGACCAUCAGUGUGGAGGGGAGGAGGGUGGACAGGGUCCAGACCACCUGGUUCCUCAAUGACACCCCCAUUUCAGACACCUCACACACAGAAUCCCGUCCCACAUUCAAAGCGUACGCUAACAACACUAACUUUCUCCGUAACCAACUAAGCACCAUGCUUCUACCCUACGGUCUCACGCUCACCUCCCCAGUCCCGGAGAAGGGUCCCCUGCUGCUCUCUGCUGGCGACGUGGGCUAUUACAAGCUGCACACCCAGGGCCCGCUGCACUCGACGGGGGACAGCAGCAAGCAGCGACUGCUGUCCUCGCUCUCCUUCAUCCCCCUGAUCUCCAUCCACAAGGGUGCGGUGUUCAAGUGCCAGGUGUCUUAUGUGGGGAAAGACAAAGUUGUGGUGGAGAGGGUGUCAGACAAGUUCACCAUAUUAGCUCCCCCCAAGGUCUCAGAGAUUCAGCUCACAGAGGCAGGUGAUGACUCCGGUGUGGUCACCCUGACCACCCAGGCCUCGUGCUUCCAUCCAGACAUCAUCACCUUCCGUUGGUUCUGCCAGGGAGGCGAACUGAGCCCCGUAGCUUCCCAGGCCCUGUCUGCCCCACGGCCCGACACCCAGGGCUUCUUCUCAGCCAUGAGCCAGUGCAAGCUGCCCCGCGCCGAACUGGAGCACGGCGGCACCAAGGUGUGGGUGAGCGUCCAUCACAUCGCCCUCAAGCACCCCGUCACCCGCGAGACCCGAGGUUUCAUAAAGAGGCCCAAUGUGUCCGAGAUCAUCAGCUCUGCCUCCUCCCCUGGUCAACAUUUGACAUUGGGCUGUGACAUGACUGGGUUCUACCCUCCAGGCAUCUCAGUCACCUGGCUCCGUCUGAGAGAAGGAGAGGUGGAUGACCGAGAGGAAGAGGUGCUAGAAGGAGGAGAAGUCUGGGGGCCCCUGCUGAGCGGUCCUAGUACCUACCGUGCCAACGCCACUCUGAGGAAGGGGGGAACAAAUGAAGAGAAGAAGGAGAGCGCGGGAGGGGUGGUGUGCCGAGUGGAGCACUGUUCGCUGGAGGAGCCCAUCGAGAGACGGUGGAGAAACAUUCUUAUCGCUGCUCCCUCCAUCCCCUCCUCUCUUACUGUCCGUUGGACCAGCGAGGGUGUUGGGGUUUUCAAUCUCCUAUUGACGGGAGGCCACCCAAAAGCUAAAGUGCUCUGGGCAGCAGGGGGCACCACCCUCAUACCGCUGGUGUCCAACGAGACAGGCGGGAAGGGAGUGGACGGACAGAGAGAGUUUAGGAGUGUGUGCGCUUUGGAGAGAUCCACUUGCUGGCUCAGUCAGACAGACGGAAAUGGUCAGACGGACAGUUGGAAAAACGGACACACACUUAAAACAGAAGCCGCGGUCGCUGACCCCGAAACGGAAGGAAUAGAGUACAUUGACGCAAGAGACGGAGAGAACAACAACGUGGAGAGAAAGGUGACGCAGAUGGAGGUGGAGGAUGAGAGUAGGGAGGAGGAAGAAGAAGGCAUGGAAACGUUGCACAUAAACAGGGUGAACGUGAGAAAGGGGCCCAGAGGGGAGGAGAGAGCACGACUGAGAGUGAGCGUGGAGAUCACCCACCCGGCCCUUAAGCUGCCUGUGCACCGAACAUGGACAGGUUGGGACCUACAUGGUUGAGUACCUGCUCCAGGUGGAGGUGACCAGACUCUUCCCAUUUGUGUUGGCUCUUGGGGACUGCUCACAGGUGUUUACAGUCGUUAGUGGACCGCCAUUGGAGCAAGGUACACUGUUUGGGACACUGGAUGUGUACUUCAGGCAGUGGUGUGUGUUCAUGAAGACUUAUCUCUUCAGUAGGUCAUAUGAUUGAGUGUAGUCUGGCCCAGGAGUGUGAAGGUGAACGGAAAGGCUCUGGAGCAACGAACCGCCCUUGCUGUCUCUCCAGGGCCGGUUCCCCUCUCUCCACUGGGAUUCUCUGCCUCUAACCCUGUUACUGGGGCUGAGUCACUGGCUUGCUGGUGCUCUUUCAUGCCGUCCCUAGGAGGGGUGCGUCACUUGAGUGGGUUGAGUUACUGACGUGAACUUCCUGUCUGGGUUGGCGCCCCCCCUUGGUUGUGCUGUGGUGGAGACCUUUGUGGGCUAUACUCGGCCUUGUCUCAGGAUUGUAAGUUGAUGGUUGAGGAUAUCCCUCUAGUGGUGUGGGGGCUGUGCUUUGGCAGAGUGGGUGGGGUUAUAUCCUUCCUGUUUGGCCCUGUCCGGGGGUUUCUUCGGAUGGGGCCACAGUGUCUCCUGACCGCUCCUGUCUCAGCCUCCAGUAUUUAUGCUGCAGUAGUUUAUGUGUCGGGGGGCUAGGGUCAGUUGGUUAUACCUGGAGUACUUCUCCUGUCUUAUCCAGUGUCCUGUGUGAAUUUAAGUAUGCUCUCUCUAAUUCUCUCGUUCUCUCUUUCUCUCGGAGAACCUGAGCCCUAGGACCAUACGUCAGGACUACCGGGCAUGCUGACACCUUGCUGUCCCCAGUCCGCCCGGCCUUGCUGCUAUUCCAGUUUCAACUGUUUCUGCCUGCAGUUACGAAACCCCUACCUGUCCCAGACCUGCUGUUUUCAACUCUUAAUGAUCGGCUAUGAAAAGCCAACUGAGAUUUAUUCCUGAUUAUUAUUUGACCAUGCUUGUCAUUUAUGAACAUUUUGAAAAUCUUGUCUCUCUCUAAUUUUCUCCUCACUUUCUCUCGGAGGACCUGAGCCCUAGGACCAUACGUCGGGACUACCGGCCGUGGUGACUCCUUGCUGCCCCCAGUCCGCCUGGCCUUGCUGCUAUUCCAGUUUCAACUCUUCUGCCUGCGGUUAUGGAACCCCUACCUGUCCCAGACCUGCUGUUUUCAACUCUUAAUGAUCGGCUAUGAAAAGCCAACUGAGAUUUAUUCCUGAUUAUUAUUUGACCAUGCUUGUCAUUUAUGAACAUUUUGAAAAUCUUGGCUCUCUCUAAUUUUCUCCUUCUCUCUUUCUUUCUCUCGGAGGACCUGGGCCCUAGGACCAUGCGUCGGGACUGCCGCCCGUGGUGACUCCUUGCUGUCCCCAGUCCGCCUGGCCUUGCUGCUAUUCCAGUUUCAGCUGUUCUGCCUGCGGUUAUGGAACCGCCACCUGUCCCAGACCUGUUGUUUUUCAACUCUUAAUGAUCAGCUAUGAAAAGCCAACUGAAAAUUAUUCAUGAUUAUUAUUUGACCAUGCUUGUCACUUAUGAACAUUUUUGAACAUCUUGGCAUAGUUCUGUUAUAAUCUCCACCCGGCACAGCCAGAAGAGGACUGGCCACCCCUCAUAGCCUGGUUCCUCUCUAGGUUUCUUCCUAGGUUUUGGCCUUUCUAGGGAGUUUUUCCUAGCCACCGUGCUUCUACACCUGCAUUCUAGCUGUUUGGGGUUUUAGGCUGGGUUUCUGUACAGCACUUCGAGAUAUUAUCUGAUGUACGAAGGGCUAUAUAAAAUAAAAUUGAUUGAUUGAUUGAUGGA